UCGAAGAGCGGGAAAGGGGAAACUUGCUAAUUUAAACGAAUUAAAACUAAAUCAAUUAUGACAUUUACGUUUUUGAGGCUAAGCCAAUUCGAUAACAUGGCCGCGAUGACGUCACGCUCCGCUGACAACAACAACAACAACAUACUGUCCAAGCACUUUGAACCGGCAAGAACCGCAAAUACUCGCGAAAGUCUCUCGAAAUAUUUUGGCAUUAUUAAAAUUUCUGUAUUUUGGCAUUGGUGCGGGCCAAAAUAUACAAUAUAAUAUAUUCCACUUUUGAAACACACGCACGCGGCAGAGAAAAAGAGAACGGGAGCGGUGCCAGAGUGGCAAAAGAAAAAGCAACAAAAACAAAGCGAGAGAUUCAAGCUUACAGUGAGGGCUCUAUAAAGCGAAUUGCAAAUUCUGGGCUUAUUUUGAUCUUUCGCAGAUCAACUGAAUCAAGCAGCCACUGUGGUUGGAUAUGAGCCGCUGCCGCCUGGCAUUGUUAUUUUAUUUUGUUAUUAGUUCAGCGACGCCGCCACUCAUCAUCAGCCGUCACCCGUAAACGAUGUCCGAAGAUGCCAAGAGUCCUGGACCACGCACCCGGAACAUCAUUGAGAACCAGCUGUUCCGCCGGCAGCGCAGCCUUAAAUUGGAAGCACUGCAGCGCCAACGGACCUUGGAUUCUGGCGACGGCGUUGAGGGAUUGGGUCCGGAUUCGGAACCCUUCGACAAGACGCACAUUGUGAUUAUUUUCACGGCCAAGGCUAAGCUGCGACACUGUCAGGAUGUGGAGAAGAUUAUCCAGGAGUUUGGCAUCCAGACCACCCUGGAGAUUGUGGGGAAAACUGAAAAGUACCUGUAUCUGUCGGCCAGCGUGGAUACCUUGCUGCGUCUGGCCGAUGCAGCCGAGCUGGAGAAGAUGACCACCACCAACAGCAUGCAAAAGUUCAACUACGGCUGUAUCUCGGAUUUCCUGCUGCCGGGCAUGAGCAAGGAUCAGAUCCUGCGCUACUGUGAGAUCCCAGUGCUAAUCAAGGAUGUCAUUCAGGAUGGCAUCAAGUCGUACCUUCAGAAGGGUUACAUUGAAGAUAUGUUUCCCCUCCACGAUAUUUUGUAUCUCACACGCUUCAAUUGGAACCUGAAGCGCACCAAGCUGCCCAUCGAGGACAUCCGCAAUUACUUUGGCUCGAGCAUUGGGCUCUAUUUCGGCUUCAUUGAGUUCUAUACGAAGGCCUUGAUAUUCCCCGCUGUAUUUGGACUGCUCCAGGUGCUGUUCGACCUGAAUAUAUCGCUGGUGUGCAGCUUCUAUGUGAUCUGGACAACGAUAUUUUUGGAGCUAUGGAAACGCAAAUGCGCCGGCUACUCGUACCGCUGGGGCACCAUCGAGAUGAACAGCUUGGAUAAACCGCGAUCCGCUUACCAGGGCCAGAUGAAGCCGGAUCCCAUAACCGGCAAGAUGACGCUACACUAUCCGAUGCGCUACACAUACCUGCAGAUGUACUGCAUCUCGUAUCCGGUUGUCCUCGGCUGCGUGGUGGCUGCCGGCUGCUUUGCUCUGUACCAGUUCCAAAUCGAAGCCGAAGUUCUGGCCGAUUUUGGCCCAGACUCCUGGCUGCUCUACAUCCCGGUCAUCGUUCAGUCCGUGCUAAUUGCCAUCUUCUCGUGGGCCUACGAGAAGCUGGCCACAUUCCUCACCAACUUGGAGAACCAUCGGACGCGUUCCCAGUACGAUCGCCAUCGGGUCAAUAAGCUGAUGCUUUUUGAGAUCGUCAACAACUUCUUCUCGCAAUUCUACAUAGCGUUUGUGCUGCAGGAUUUGCGCCAGCUGAAGUAUCAGCUGAUGAUGCAACUGCUGGUAUUCCAGGUGCUGUGCAUUGCCCAGGAGAUUGGCAUACCGCUGCUGGCCGUGCUAAGGCAGAAAUAUGCCGAGUUCCGGCACCGUGAAGUUGCCGAGGAGAAGCUACGCUCCAUUAGCGAUGUGCCGCGCUACGAGCAGUCCUUCUACGAGUCCGGGCUAGAUGAAUACCAUUCCACGUACGAGGAUUACCUGCAGGUGUGCAUCCAGUUUGGCUUUGUCGUCCUGUUCGCCGCCGUUGCCCCGUUUGCCGCCAUUGGAGCGCUGCUCAAUAAUAUCUUUGCCGUCCAUAUUGAUAUGUGGAAGCUGUGCAACAUCUUCAAGCGUCCGUUUGCCCGCAGGGCCAAGAAUAUUGGAGCCUGGCAGCUGGCCUUCGAGCUGCUCUCGGUGAUGGCUCUGCUGAGCAAUUGCGGCCUGCUCUUCCUUCAGCCGAAUGUCAAGGACUUUUUCUCCCACUGGCUGCCCUCGGUGCCUGACCUGUCAUUUGUGAUCUUUGAGCAUCUACUCUUGGGCCUGAAGUUUCUCAUACACAAGGUGAUCCAUGAGCGACCACGUUGGGUGCGAAUUGGUCUGCUCAAGUCGGACUAUGAGACUAGCCAGGCGCUCAAGCAGCUCAAAAAAUUCAAGGCGGAGGCUAACAAGAUGGCCUGAUGCUGGAUGAUGCAGGAUCUCCCUCCCACUCCUUUUUUUGGUGCUAAUCAUACUACCAGUCCAUUUAUUUUAUUUCAAAA